CAGUCAACCUGCUCUUGACUGAACUCACAAAAAAAAAAGUGAAGUGAAGUGAAGAAAAGAAAAAAAAGACGCAUGAAAGCGAGAUCAUCUGUGUCUAUUAUCUGAUUGGCUGUUUCAGAAGCAAACUGUAUUGCCCACCCCCAUGUUUAUAUGAAUCGUUGAUCAUUUGUCGAGUCCUCCCACUGAGAGAGGAUUUGUGCCGCGAUCGAGCGCUCAUGGCAGCUAAUGAUUAUCGCGCUUACCUGCGGAAUCAUAUCGACAUGGAAGAGGCUCCGGCGCGCGCUCCUCAGACGGGCUCCACGCACAGAGCGCUCAUAUUCGGCACGCUCGCUGUCAUGGGACUGCUGCAGGUCGCUUCGAGUGUGGCGAUUUUGUUGCACUUAACCGGUUAUCUCCGAGAGGUUGACCUUGCCUCAGCCCAGCAGAGUCCUAAUGAGGAAAUGCACAGUGAAACAUUAAUAGGCAUUCCGAAAACUUAUAAGGAGAAGAAGGAAAGAUGUCGACCGAAAAAGGACACACGCAUGCCUUCAGCUCACCUUCCUAUAAAGACACCCACACACUUUUCACCCAAAGAUCGAAAUGAUUUAACCAUGAUCCUCUGGGACGAUUUUCAUGGGGACUGUUUGAAGAUAAAAUACCGUGAUGGGCGAAUUUUAGUGGAUGAACCUGGCUAUUACUACGUCUAUGCCAAGACCUGCUUUCGAUAUACAGAGGUACACGCCUCGGACAAAGUGGACGUCAGCAACGUACAGCUGUUUCAAUACAUUUGCCAUGAGAAGCACACGCAAUCUUCAAGCAAGCCCAUUGUCCUUGCAAAAAGUGGCAGCACGCUGCAGUGGAACAUUGCGGAGUACAACAUGUACUGUGUGGAGCAGGGCAGAGGUGUCCAGUUGAGUAAGGCCGAUGGUAUUUUUGUCAACGUAUCCAAUGCAUAUCUGCUGGACCCUGCAGCUGAAGGGACAUAUUUUGGUACUUUUAAGAUAAGCGAUUGACUUGCAUAGUUUUUGCUACUGAACAUGUGCACAUUUUGCAACCUUGCAAACUUUUUUCAAAGUGAUUAUGAACCACUGAGCACUUGUUUUUGAUCACUGACUUUUGACUUUUUUUAAGAGCACAUAAAGAUUUCUCAAUUGUACCAAUACUGGCAAUGCUGGUACCCUCCAGUACCUACGACCAUGCAUCGAAUCGCCGCGGUGGAGUGACGCGGUCCCAGUAAAGUACGCCAAAUCACAGUAGUCCGCCGCGACCUCCACAACAGAGGAACACAGAGGAAUCAUACGAACCAAGCGUUCAAAUUAAGUUCGAAAUUAAAUACGAACUUCUUGUUCACAUUAUAUCACAUUUUGCGGCUUUGCCCGUUGUGACAUAUUGUUAUCAGCGAGUAUUCAAAAAAGGAACGGCCUUAAGACGACAUAUCAGUGCAUCGACAGUUUAAGAAAUUUUACAUGACCAUUUUCAUCAUCACAUUGAUUGAUUGUAAAAACCAAACAGUCCAAAUACCAUGAAAUGUUUCUAACACAAUCGUGUUAAAAUGAUUAUACUAUGGGAAGGUUUCUCUCAGAUCAACCAUGAAACCAUGAUCGAUUGAGGAAACCUCGAUGUCAAGGGAAUUUGAAUUGUGACAAACUGAUGGAUAAGUACUUCCUGUCUCAUCAAGAAUACGUACUGAUGCUUUACUGAUCGAUGAAUUUCACUGUUGGAUGUUUGGAGCUUCCUUUCAGAUGAUAUUUUAAAAUUUCUUGAACAGACCGUAUACAAACAUUCAACAAAAAUCAAGGCAGCUGGACUGUCUUUGAGAAGCGAUGUGCAGAACCAAACUGAGUUUGGUACGCUCUAAUUUAAUUUUGUUUUUAAUGCACUAAGUGUAUUUAUUUAUUUUCAAUAAUGAUAGAAUGUUCUGUCUGUUGUACAGUUUUGUACAGUGUGUAUAAUUUCCUUCAUUCCAUUCUUCAAGAGAUUUUGGACAAAGGGCAUUGACUUUUCGGUCUGUUAUACAUGCGCUUUUGUCCCAGGCACAGGGCUCCUGUUUAAAGCUUAAAUGGAUUGGUUUCUCACCAAGAAACUUUGUAUUUAAGUAUAACUAAUUUGACAAUUCUGUGUGCAAAUGUUUAUGGACAGCAGAUUAUAUUGUUCCAAACCCAAAGCAAACCUAAAAAUGUUUGCAAACUUAAAGUCUAAGUUUUUUUUUUUUUUUUUUCAUAAUAUGUUAGCAAAAGUUCUGUUUUAUUAUGUUUAUUUAUACUAUUCUGCCUAAUAAAGAUACUUUUCUAAAUAAAAUACUAAU